AUGGAUGGUGAUGACGGCUACGAUUCUAGACUAGAUACACACGCACAGAGAUAUGCAAUUUACCAUCGUUCCUCCCAAGCAUCUCCGAGAGAUGGCGCAGAACCCGAGCUGGCUAGAAAAUCUGGGUCGAUUGCAAUGUCUAGCCUACCUCGGCGCGCCUCGCCCCUCCGACAUCGGUGGUACUUUGGCGGCGAAGACGAGAAUGACGACGCUGUACUGAACAACGAGAACCGGGAUAUAUCCCAACGAGCUCACAGAUCCAGAAGAUUGGGAAUACAUAUCUUUCACCUCCCUGUUUCCGUACGAGAUGCGGCCCUGCGGCGGGAGAAUGGCGAUGCGUUUGAGGAGAUCUUCAACGUCCACCCCGACUUAGAGAAAUGGAGAGUCCAGGAUCUCUUUUCAAAGCACCUGAACAAAGACGAUGUAAAGCUCUACCGCGGGCGGACCGAAGACCUCAUCAUCUCUUCAUUGGGCGAGACCUUCUUGCCGAAGAGUAUGGAAGGCAUGAUCGAGUCGCGUCCAAUCGUCGAUGCAGCGCUGGUGACCGAUCGAGGCCAAGCUGGCCUGGCUUUACUUGUGGAGCCCCAGGCAGCGGUGACGUGCGUGGAGAUGAGGAUGAAGGCUCUCAAGGAUUCCAAUCUUACAGAAGAGGCAAAAGCGGAGGUGGGAACAGAUGCACAAAACGUCGAGAAUCGGGAUGAGAGUUUGACUUGGAGGGGGCUACAACAGCGAGGAUUGCCAGUCAGGGCAUUCUUGUCUGAUAUGAGAAAGGCAAAAGAGAAAUCCAGUGGAUACUUCAUAUGA